UUCCGCCUGAAUGUUGGCGAGCUGUCAGUGCGGCGACUCACGUAACUAAAAAGAUAAGGAACUGUAAUGUUAGUAAUAAACAACGGCAAUGUGAUUAACCGUGCUUUAGAAUAAAACAUGACAGAGCAACCUGCCGACAACAACCCCCAGCAGACAGCAGAUGACAGGGAAGAAGAAACACAGUUAAUCAAUAUGGAUCAGGGCUCAGCAAGUGAUGGAUUCAACAGGAGGAGACUCUGAACCUAAAACAACCAGAUGAUUCAGCUUCGUCGUCUGCAUGCACGAACAGCGAGACGAGAAACAAGUCGAGUGAAGUCAUGGAGCAGGCUGACGUUAGUCAAAACUCUAAUCCAGCUGAGGAGAAGAUGGCACCUCUCACAGAAGGAUCCUUCUCUCUAGAUCAUGACAACAUGCUGACUAUGGAGGAGAGCAGCGUCUCAACACAGACUGAUGAUGAGAGUCAUGGCGAUUGCAACAGAGAGACACCAAAAAAUGAGCAGCCGGCCAUUAAAGCAGAGGACAUUUCCAUAAAACCCCACGCUGAGGAAAAGACAGCACAUGAAACAGCAGCUCCACAGGGAGACAAAAAGGAAGACCGAGUAGAUGGACCCAAAGUCAGAGAAAAUGAAGAAUCCCUGGACGUUAACAACACAAUCACUGAAGCAGAGGAAGAUAAUAGAAGCAGCCCUGAGAAGGGUUUAGCGCCUGUAGAAAAAGAAAAAGAAGAAGAAGAAGAAGAAGAAGACGAAAUAAAGGAUCCACAGGAGAACACAACCAACCAGAAUAUAGAAUUGCAGCCCAAAAUCUCAGUUAAAGAAGAUAUUGAUGAACAAAGAAAUGUCGAAAGCAUUGGUCCUUCUUCUCUGGAGACUACUGAACCUGUUCUUGGAGGAAACAGAAGAUACCUGAUAGUAGUGGGUGUGGUGGUUCUUGCCAUCAUGCUGCAAUAUCUCUUCCAUCCGGAGUCUCCACCUCAGAAAAAUGAUGAGCAGCAAAUAGAUAUCUUCCUCCGGCAGAUGGAAAAAGUAAAGUCUCAGUUUCCUAACCAGCGGGCUGAGCUCUGGAAAAGGAGCAGAAUCCACCUGCUGAGGCACCUCCAGACCGCCCAGCCCACAGAGCCGGUCAGCCUGAUCCUAACAGCAGGCCUCCGAGCUGAGCAGACGCUGCACUGUCUUGCUCAGGGCCUGGCCUCCGCCUUCUCUUCUGCCCUCAACGCCUCCGUCCUCCACAUUGAUGGAGCCAGCAAAGCCAGCCAGGACAGCGAUCAGGUCAAACUGGACAUCGACAGACACUUGCAGCGAGCGUUUGAAGGAGACAAACCUGUGGCUGUCAUUCACCGCUUCGAGGAGCUGCCUCCUGGCUCCACCCUUAUUUUCUACCGCUACUGUGACCACGAGAACGCCGCCUACAAGAAGACUUUUCUGAUCUUCACAGUGCUGCUUGGGGAGGAAGAGGAGAUCCCUGCAAAAAGUCGUUUGAGUGCUGUGGAGGAGAUGGUGGACGACCACCUUCAGAAGAAGUUCCUCUCCGAUAGCCUUCCUGUGUCUUACGACAGGAUGGACCUGGACAAGUACGGUGGCCUGUGGAGCCGUAUUUCUCACCUCAUCUUGCCUGUGUCAGCGGAGGACAGGAUAGAGCGUGAUGGCUGCUGAAGGACAUGAACCAUCACUCUUUGAUUAUGUUAACUUGAAGGCAAAGCACUAAACUUUUUUGUCCUUUUGUCAAAUUUCUCACUGUGACUUGAGUUAAUUCUAAGGCCAUUAAAGACCCAAAGGUUUCUAACAUGAAGUAAAGUCAAACUUACUGCAAACGAAGGAAUCAGGCAUAAAUAAAACUGGAUUAUUAGCAUUAUAUUAAGGGAUAUUUGUAUCCAUCUCUGUGGACAUUUAUUAUGGGGAAAAAGGACCUGGGUGUUUCUUCCCUUAAGUACAUAAUCAAAUGUAAAUUAAGACAAAUUGCGAAAUGAGCGAUUAUCUGGAAUUUUGGGGGGAUUUACCAGAAUGUGUGCACUUUUUAAAUGUAUUGCUGCAAUUUGUGUACAUUUUAAAACAUAUUUAAUGUAAAGCUUGAUUGUUCUCCUAUGGAUAAUGGUCAAAAAGAAAUAAAAGGAUUAUUAUUAUCUUGGUAUCACAGCACAGGUUUAUUAAUUUUUUUAUGACAUGUUCAUCUGCAAUGUUUAAGCAUUGAUGGCACCACGUGCCUUUUAAGAACUUCCCACCAUCCAUGUUUUGUACACACAUCCAUGUACCUUACUACAUACAGCAAGACGUUUAAUGUAAAUAUUUGAAUAGAUGUAAUGUGCCUUAAUUUUCAAAUAAAGUACUGGCAUCCA